AUGAAAAUGCCAACCGAAUCGUCGAUAUACUGGGACUCGGUCGGUUCCCAGCAUUCCAUUUCUAUCGGUAGCUCCGGGGACGGUUGCAGCUCGGCAAGCACGAGCAGGCACUACGUGGAUCCGUGGGAUCUCGAGAAUUAUGCGUAUCUUCGUCGACACAGCGUGGCCGGCGUGGCGCAACAGGUUCCUCCUCGGCAUCAUCGGCGAUCGGCUUAUCGGCUGUCCCAAGACGCACGUGCUCACUCCGAAUAUUGGUAUACGCCGUCGGUGAGAGAGCCUGGCUACGACGCACCUGCUUUCGUGGAAGAGUUGUAUUGUGGACCAGCCAGGUCGACGAACAAUAGUUGCUACUAUCAUCAGCCAAUCUACGAGGACGAGGUACCGGAUUACGUCGCCCCAUAUCCGGUCUACGCGCCUCUCUCCGAUGUGAGACACGGCGAAUUCAUGGAAGACCACAGGCGAUACGGGCACAGAUGCAAAUCGACCCCUAUACGAGAUAUCCAUAGGUCGAUGAGCGUUGAUUCUAGCUUUCCACUAAUGGAUUCUAUAGAAUCAGAUAUCCCGGAUUAUCGUUUACAACAACAUUAUCCAUCGAGGGAGGAAGAAAAAUACAUGGUACAAAUUAUUCCACCUCCUCAUCUUGAUCUGAACACAUACGGACACUUAAAAAUCGAUUAUACGAACAGCUGGAAUUCGCUGAAUCGAAAAAUUAGUAAAUAAUCAUUAAUAAUAUUCUUGUUAUCAAAGAUAACAUUAAGCAUUUUUUUUUAUCAGAUAUAUCUUGAUUUAUUUAUGUAACAUUAGUAUGUUUAUCAUUUAAGAAUCUUAGAAUCGAACCAAAAAUUAUACUUAGUUUAAUUUACUGAAAUAUUUACGAAAAUGAAUUUAACUUUAAACUAAAUUAAUAUAUUUUAUAGUAUUUGUAAUGUACGCAAUAAUUAUUUUAUAUUAAUCUCGUUUUCUUGUAUAUUUUGAACUGAUAAAUUGUGUAUACUUUGAACAAUA